AUGGAGGCAGAGAAAGAUAAAUCACCAUGUAAAGAAGAAAAAACGGAUGUCGAAGAGGCGUCUACAACUCUUCAGAGUGGAAGCAUUGCCAAGGAAGAUGAUAAAAAAGAGUCCCAAACUCAAGAGGAUAUUAAACUCGAUACGAAGGAAGAGUCUAAACCUUGUGAAGUUGAUAGAAAAAGUUCAGCCACUCAUGAUCCUGUAGAAGAAUCAUCUAGCCAGAGCUAUGAUAACAAUGUCAAUAAAGAGCAGUCUCUCGACGGCGAUAUAGAGAAAAGGAUUGCUGAUGUAUCUUUGGAUUCUGAUCAACAGCAACAGGAUCAUGAUGCUGCAUUGGAUGAUGACGAAAUAGAGGAAAAUCCUGCGUAUAUUCCUAAAAAAGGAAGAUAUUACAUGCAUGAUUCCCGCGAUGAUGGUGAAAGUGAGCUAACAUCUUUAAAAAAAUCCAGAGCAGAUGGUGAUUGGAAACAUGAUAGAUUCGAUGAGAAGUACCAAAGGCCAAAGUCGAAACAACAACUCUUGCAUAAGUAUGGUUUUGACAUUCGCAAGAAAGAAGGUGAAUGUUCUGGCGAAGAAAAAGAAGAGCCAGAAGAAGAAGAAGUCGCCCCGGCUCGGAGAAAUGGUAGAAAUCAUCGCGGUAGAAACACUCGCGGAAAACCUGCUGAUAAUCAGCCGAGGGAAUUCAAUGGUUCAUCGAAUGAGGAUAGCACAAAUGUUGAGCGGCAAAGACGUAGUGAUAGUUUCCAAAAGUCUGAGCGAUAUAAUAGACAGAAAGAAAGAACAGAGAGUGAUGGUGAAGAGCAAGCCUUUCAACGAAGACAAAAACCCCAACAAACAAAAGUGGUUCGGAAUGUCCGGGGCGCACGUGGUUUCCGUGGUCGAGGUGGUCGAAAUGGGCCUUCAUUCAGAGGAGGAAGACAAUUUGAAGACAGAGAGGAAGAACAUUUCGAGUCUGGGGAAGAUAAUGAUUUCCACCGUGAUAGGGAGAGAAGGCGGAAUAUAGAUUCCGACAGGCGCCAUAAUAUAGAUUCCGACAGGCGUCAUAAUGUAGAUUCCGACAGGCGUCAAAAUAUAGAAAGAAGGCAUCAUGAUGAUGACCGGCGAUUCGUUGAUCCAAGACAACUCGAUGACGACAAGCGGAACAGGAAGCCCAAAUAUCCAGAAUAUGAAAAUCAUCGUAGAGGAGCAAUUAGAGGAUCCGUUCGAGGAGGAAGCUUGAGAACGUCUGGCAGAGGAUUUUCUCGUACUUUCACGAACAAAGCUGAUGAAUCUCGGAGAGAGCAUGCUGAAGGAAGUGAAAAUCAACGUGUAUUUGAGAGGAAGCCGAGAGGAUCUUUCGUUCCUCGAGGAAGCCGUGGUCAAGAGCCAAGAUCUCGUGGUGCUCCAGUGAGAGGUGGUCAUCCUGUUAGAGCUGCUGUCAAUCAUGUACCUAGAGGUGGUCCUCCAACAUCAGGUCCUAAGCGCUAUUCACAACAGAGGAGUGAAGUGUUCCAUGGACAGAGAAAUGAAGAUGUUGUUUAUUUUGAUCCUGCCGUUCAAACUAAACGGCAGCCCGCACCACCAAGAGAGAAGAAGAUAAUAGAAAUACUACCUCCGUCAUCUUAA